AUGGUGGUGGUUAUGAUAACCAAUACCAUGGUGGGGGAGGCCCUUCCAAUUUCAAUGGAAGAGGCUACUCUAACCAAAGAGGAUAUGGUAAUCAAAACCAACAACCUAAUUCCCGAUACCAUGACCAUCAAAAUAAAAAAUUUUGGUGACCAAGGUAACAUGGGAAAUAAUCAACAAGGCAAUGUUCUUAACCAAGGCACCGGAGGCAAUCGGGGCCAAUUUGUUUCUAACUAUGCCCAAACUAAUAGGCCUCCGGGUUUCCAUCAACCCCAACUUCCUCCACCUCAACAACCUCUUCAACUUGAAGCCCCUCCAAUAGAUCCCGUGAUGGCUAAAUUAGAUGCUCUUUUAAAAAUGUGUGAGGAGGCUCAAAAGAAACAUGAAGAGGCUCAAAAACGAACCAAUGCUCAUAUGAAAAUGCUUGAGACUCAAAUUGCUCAACUUGCAUCUAAUUCAUCCCCUUCUUCUUCUUUUCCUUCUUCUUCUCACAUCCCAAGUCAAGGAGUCAACCCAAAACCUUUGUAUGCCGUGACAACAAGGAGUGGGAAGGUAGUAGGGAGUGACCCUUUAAUUGAGGAAGAACCCCAAGAAGAGGUGGAGUUAGAGAAUGAGAAUGAAAAACCUAAUGAGCCAUUGAGUGUUGAAAAGGAAAAACAUGUUGAGGUGCUCAAGGAAAAAGAAGCCACCCCCUUGCCCCUAAAUCGCCAACCUAGAGAGGAGAAGCUACCCUUUCCACAACGAUUUGUGAGAGCUAAACUUGAUGCCCAAUUUGGGAAGUUUUUGGAAGUCAUUAAGAGUUUGCAUAUCUCCGUCCCUUUUGUUGAUGCUAUGAAGCAAAUUCCCCACUAUUCCAAAUUUUUGAAAGAUCUUUUGAGUGGGAGAAGGGAGUGUGAGACGGUGAGUUUAACCGCCAAUUGUAGUGCAAUUCUUUCCAACAAACUACCUACCAAAUUGAAAGAUCCGGGUAACUUUUCCAUCCCUUGUUCUAUCAAUGGCAUUGAAUUUGAUAAAGCCUUGUGUGACUUAGGAGCAAGUGUGAGUCUCAUGCCCUAUUCCGUCUACCAAAAGCUUAGUGUAGGAACCCUCUCUCUCACUAACAUUACUCUCCAACUAGCGGACUGUUCCGUUAAGUUCCCUAUGGGCAAAGUUGAGGACAUUCCCCUUAGGGUAGGAAAGUUCACAUUCCUCGUGGAUUUCUAUGUACUAGAGAUGGAUGAGGAUGAGAGGAUUCCUAUAAUUUUUGGUAGGCCAUUUCUAGCCACUUCUAGAGCUAUCAUCGAUGUGAAGGAGGGGAAGAUAUCCUUGAAAAUUGACAAUGAUUUUAUUGAGUUUGAUUUGAACCCUCCUCAAGUGGUGAAUGCUUUAGGGUAG